AUGGAUCCCCUCAGUUCCGACUUCCCAUACAAGAUCGAAGAAAAUGUGAUUGGGAUCACUCAGUUAAACACGAUAAUGUUGCAGAGUCUUUUGACAGGGGUCUACACAGUCGUAUAUGGAGCAACUGCAUAUCUCUACUUAUCUAAAAGGCCACAAACCGUGGCUCAUCGUGCGGUGUUGGCUGCGGUUACAGUACUUUACGUGUUUUCAUUCUUCAAUCUUGUUGUUCAGUGGAUUGGAAUUGACCAUAACAUCAUCACGAGUGGAGAGACGCAGAAUUCCAUAUUCCAAGCGUCAUUGACGAUUCCUCAAUGGACUCGCGUGGGUCUUGGGCUGAUAUCUAAUAUCUCAAUUGUGGUUGCGGAUAUGUUACUUGUUUGGAGAUGCUAUGGAAUGUGGGGGAACUCAUGGAAAGUAAUUACGGUCGUUGUUGCGCUGUUGGUUAUAGAAUCAGCCCUCUCCAUCACAGACCUUGUAUUUCUCUGGAUGACACCAGAAAUCAAUACAGCACAGGGCCAAGCUCGAAUAAACUAUAUUGCGGGCGCAACACUUCUUUCCUCCCUGUGUACAACUUUGUACGCAACCAUCCUUAUCGGAUACAAAAUAUACAGCUCCACGCGUGAUAUCUCCCGCUCACGAAACCGAUACAUGCGCAUCCUCACUAUAGUUAUCGAAACAUCCGCGAUAUACUCGAUUAUUCUCAUAGUCGUUGCCCUUUGUUCAGUGGUUCCUCAGCUAAGCGACGUAACAUCCCCUUUGAUUGCGUUGGAAACCUAUGCCACUGUCGCUGAAAAUGUUCUGGGGAUUGUUCCAACUGCCAUGGUCCUUCGAUUGGUGCUUGCAAGCCAUCGUGCUAACAUGUCCUCACAUGCCUCGCUGAACCAAAUUAAUGAUGCUGCAUCUGGCUGA